GAAGAAGAAGAAGAAGAAGAGCUCAGAGGGCGGAAGUCGAUGCAGUCGGAGUCGUGUGUUUUAAACCUGAACUACACUGCACAUAUCUGGCUGGUAACACUUCUGUCUGACGUUGGUCAUCUAACCAAACAGGAAAAGUGGGAGCUGAAAGACAGUUGAAAGCAGGAGCACCAACUGGCACGGCAGUAUUACCCUCAUUUGUGAUGCCAAGAUGUUGUCUGAAGGAGGCUCUUUCAUGAAGGGGAUGGUCAUGGGAGGCCUCUUCUGCUUGGUGCUAUCACUCCUGGGUAGUUUCAGCCCCAGCACAGAGUCUGGGACAGAGGACCAACACCAUCAUCAUCACGUCAAAGCCCCCAGCAAAGAUGAACUGAAAAGCCUCUCUGACUCUCAGAUGCAGGGGUUGACUGAUCAAGUGCGUGUCUAUUGCAUCAUCAUGGUCCAGCCCAAAAUCCUGGUUUACUGGGCCACUGCAUUGGAUACCUGGAGCAAACAUUGUGAUAAGCCUGUGUUUUACACCUCAGAAUCGUCUAAGGCCCUUGAGGCAAUAGAUCUGAAUGAAGACGAUGACUGGACGAGGUUACGUAAAGCUCUGAAGCACGCUUAUGAGAACGCCGGGGACCUGCGCUGGUUCUUCGUGGCACAAGCCACCACAUUUGCCAUCAUCGAGAACCUCAAGUACCUAGUCCUCACUAAAGAUCCCACUGAGCCCUUCUACCUCGGCAAUGCAAUGAAGUCAGGGGAGCUGGAGUAUGUUUCGUAUGAUAGUGGCAUUGUUCUAAGCUAUGAAGCUCUGAAAAGGUUGGUGCAUAUUUUCAGUGACGAGGACAAAUGUCCGGAGAGAGGACGCUCCCUGUGGAAGCUGAGUGAGGACAAGCAGCUGGCCGUGUGUCUCAAGUAUACAGGUGUGUUCGCGGAGAACGGAGAAGAUUCACGCGGCAAGGGCUUGUUCAACAGCAAGAGUGUCGACAGCCUGAUAACGGACAGCAUGAAAGACAACCCCAACAAUGUUGUGGAGGGCUGCUGUUCUGAUAUGGCGGUCACAUUCAACGGGUUGUCACCAAAUCAGAUGCAGGUGAUGAUGUUUGGAGUUUACAGACUUCGUCCUUACGGGCACGAUUUUCAUGACUCGUUAGUGUUUUACCCUCCCGAAGGCUCAGACAAUGACUAGAGACUCAUUCCUUCGACUGGACGUGGCAUUUUAAAUUUUUUGCUUCUGUGAUGGCAAACCUAACUUUGGGGACAUGUUUUUUCUUAUGCUGUUUGUAAAACUGGAUCCUGGGUGGGAAUAUCACUUUUAUGUAUUUUGUACUUUUUGCACAAUCAGCACCCCCCCAUUCCUUUGUGGUGCAGGUAAACGGUGUCGAUGGGUGUGCGAUCCUUGGAAUGAAGAUAUACCUGGGAAAUAUAUAAUGUGACAUGGGACUAGAUUUUUUGGAAGUUUUGGUUAUUGUAAUAUUAUAUUAUAUAUCUUAAAUGUUGUCUUCUGUGGUCUGAAAGCUGCAUUAGAGAAAUAAGUGAUACUAGUUUCUGAAAACAACACGUUUCUGAAAUUAUUUAACUACUCAAAGUGCUUCGCCAUCUUAACAACAUUAUGAAUGACUUCUUUUUCUCCAAUAAUACAUCACCUUGGUGAUUCAAAGAUUGUAUGGAAGCACCAAAUAUUGAGUCAGGCAUGUCACAGCCCAACCCAGCUCUUACUGAAGUGCAUUUCUUGUCAUGUCGUGCUCGGUUAUCUCCACAGAUGAAGGAGUGACCUUCUCAGCUAAAUGGAAGGUAAUAUACCUUGACGUCGACUAAAGGGUAAAGUAUAUUUUGUGUCACACCCACACCCACACCCACACGAAAAAAAAGUUAUCAGUGGAAGAUUCAUGGUUCUUUGUCAGGGAUCAAUAAGGCCUUUCAGAGUCACUGAAACUCACUGAAAUUUUUUUUAACACAUGGGUGUCACACUGAGCAGAUGACUUCUUUGGAAAAAAAAGUCACUUUGGAUAAUAAAAAUAAAUACAUAAAAUAAAACCAACUGAUUUAGUGUGGUCUCGUGGCGUUGAAUGAUCCACUCGGGAAAACGUACACUAUUGUUGUGGCUGUCAUUGACAAGAACUGUUGAAAGGUGAGAAUGAGUACCAGUAGCUUCCUGGGUGUUGUAAUGGACACACCUUCAUGAGCUUAAUGUCAAUGGUUUAUGUUAAAGAGAGAUAUUUUUACAAUGUAGAGACCGUUUUGUAUUUUAUAUUCCAGAUAAACUUAAGUAUUACCAACAUUUUACAUUCUCUCUUGAUUAUGGGACACUGCUGAUCACUGAUGUAUCUCUCUUAACACAUGAUGUAUACUAAUGUAUUUCUGCUGUUAGGUAAGAAAAUAAAUUAUUUCUUUAUAAUUCUCA